GGACAAUGAGUGACUUACACUGAGAAAGGAGGAAGUAUUUUUGUCCUUUGUUUUCCUUUGGUCUGUAAAUAAAAAUGAUGCCAGAGGAUCUACCAUGUCCAACCUUAAGAAAUGUGAUCAAAAUAAGCAAAAGCUCCGCUGCACCCCAGGGCAGUUUGCGUGUCGGAGUGGGACCAUUCAGUGCAUCCCUUCCAAUUGGCAGUGUGAUGGAUGGCCCACCUGCGAGGAUGAGAGCGAUGAAGUGGACUGUCCAGGCUUGACAGGGGACCAGCGAACUUACCAUGGGAAGGAGAGUGUGGACUCGAGGCACAGCUGGGGCAGAGCAGGGGACACCACCCGCUUCCACACCGUCAACAUGGCACAGCCCGUCCGCUUCAGCAGAAAGUGCCCAACAGGAUGGCACCACUAUGAGGGCACAGCCAGCUGUUACAGGGUGUAUUUAAAUGGGGAGAACUACUGGGAUGCUGUGCAGACAUGUCAGCGGGUGAACGGAUCCCUCGCCACCUUCACCGCAGACCAAGAGCUCACCUUCAUCCUGGCACAGGAGUGGGACUUGGAAGAAAAGGCAUUUGUCAGGAAGGACCAGCGUAGGUUCUGGGUGGGAUAUCAGUAUGUGAUCACCAAACGAAAUCACUCUCUGGAAGGUCACUGGGAAGUAGCUUAUAAAGGCUCUUCAGAAGUGUUUUUACCCCCUGUUCCUGAGGUUGACACGGAUAUGUCUGAAAAGGAAAACGUUCUUUGUGCCCAGCUCCAUUGUUUCCGUUCUCCUACCCUCCGGCACCACGGUUUGCACAGCUGGUAUGCUGAAAACUGCUAUGAGAAAUCUUCAUUCCUCUGCAAAAGGAGCCAGACCUGUGUUGACAUCAAAGACAACAUUGUGGAUGAAGGCUACUACUUCACUCCCAAAGGGAACGAUCCCUGCUUGAGCUGCACGUGCCACAACGGUGAGCCUGAGAUGUGUGUGGCUGCCCUGUGUGAGCGGCCCCAGGGCUGUCAGCAGUACCGCAAGGACCCCAAGGAGUGCUGCAAAUUUACCUGCUUAGACCCAGAUGGCAACAGCCUGUUUGACUCAAUGGCCGGUGGAAUGCGCCUGAUCGUGAGCUGCAUCUCCUCCUUCCUCAUCCUCUCCCUGCUGCUCUUCAUGGUGCACCGGCUGCGCCAGAGGCGGAGAGAGCGCAUAGAGUCCUUGAUUGGAGCUAAUUUGCACCAUUUCAACUUGGGCCGCAGGAUGCCUGGUUUUGAUUACGGUCCCGAUGGUUUUGGAACUGGCCUUACUCCACUGCAUCUUUCAGACGAUGGGGAAGGUGGAGCAUUUCAUUUUCAUGAUCCCCCUCCACCCUAUACUGCUUACAAGUACCCAGAUAUUCAACAUCCUGAUGACCCACCUCCUCCUUAUGAGGCUUCUGUCAAUCCAGACAGCAUCCUUUGUUCCACUCCAGAUGGAGUUCUUUCUCAGGCUGUGCAAAGCAGUCCUCCAUCGCUAGGAAACUGUGAUGUAUCCCCACAACUGACAGAGGGGUCGCUUCCUCCCUCAGUUGGUCCUUCUCCAGUGGAGCUGGAAGACUCUGCUGACAGCAGCACCUUUCUUGUCCCUCCUGACACACCCAUAAAUGAGAACACCCCAGCAGAAACUUUGACAGGCAGCCGCCACAGUCACUGUUCCCUCAACACCAUUGUAUAAAGGAGUGAAACGCCCCGCACCGCUCAGAGUUUUAGCAACUGUUUGCACAGACAAACACUAAUCUGAGGCUUGAACUUCAGAAGGAAUCUCCACUUUGUUUUUCGAACACUGCUUUUAUGUUCUAGAUUAGGAUCGUGCCUCUCGUUUUUUGGCUGUCGUUCUUCAUUCACUAAUCAAUUUGUCCUGUAAAUAUGGAUUGUACAACUGCUCUUUUUUUCCAUUGGCUAUGGAAAGGAGAGCAGAGAAUUCCUUUGACUUCUGAGGAGGUGAGAAGUAUGGGUAGUUUGGGUUGGUUUUUUUUUUCUUAACCUGAGAGGAAUCAAAAUCUACAUCAGAAAAAAGCUGCUUGGAUUUGGCUGGAUACCACUGGACCCAGGAAACAGACAAUGGAAAAGAAGGGUGGGGACAAUCACUGUUCAAGAAGAGAAGAUGGAGCUGCAGGGGAGGGGGCUGGGGGCCUGUUCUGUGGAGUGGGACACACGCCAUCAAGAGUUACACUGUGUAAAACACAGUGCCUCGAUCAGAACACCAGAGGAGCUGGAGCAGGAGUGGUCUACGGAAUAUGCGACAAUUGGCUACGGAGAAAACCCGGAUUUGCAAUUACAAUUACGUGUUGUCAGUAGCUGCAAAACCUCAAAUUGUUGGAUAAACUUCUGGCCCAUGAAGAAAACUGGGUCUGUGUGAUGUCCCUUUAGUAGAGCCCUCACGUGUGUUAGGAAGUACUUUAGGGUAGAGAUGGGGAGCAAUUAACUUUGAUGCAGCCUGAGUUCGCUGUAUGAAGCCCCUGUUUGUUCUAAUACCAUAAGUAAGACUGAGGUUUUUUCUUUCUGGUUUAACUUCUUUACAGUGAAGGGUUGCACAAAAUUGGCCUGGAUACAAGACCACUGUUCUUGCUUUUCUUAUUGCAUGCUAUAUUUAGCAUGUGUGUUCCCUCCCCUUCAUUUCACUUCUUUACAGUUCUACAAAUACCACUUAAAAUGGUGAUCAACAUGUACUAUAGGUGAUGUUUAAUUCUAAUUGGACACCUGUUCCUUAUCUCAGUCCCAUAAAUAGCCAGCCCUGUUCUAGAGAUUUCCCCUGUGCCCCCCAAGCCAUUUAUCCAGGUCCUACAAGGGGUUAUAAUGAGGUUAGUGUACUUAAAUCAAUAAAGCAGUUUGCUUCAGUCUGAUAUGUCAACUUAAAUUUCCCCCUCGUAUUGAACUCUUUAAGCUAAGUUAAUUUACAGAUGGCAAAGAUUCAUUCAGUCCCUCACGAUACCCAAAGUCAAGCACUGUUGGUUUUGAUAAUGAGUGCAAAAUAAUCUUUACAGGCAAUUUUAAAUUUAAGUUUGGAUUUCAGUGUACAAAUAGUUUACCCUUUUCUCCCAUACUCCCAUUGCCUCUGCUUCUCCUUGACUUACUGUAACAGUCAGCAGAUGAGAUGAAUUUUAAGGAAUUUGUAAAGAAUGCCUCUUGUGAGUGGUCUCCUGUUACCCUAUGAAGGGUACAAGCCUAGAGGGACAGGAAGAAAGCACUGCAUAGGGGUGUGUAUGUGAUCUAUUUUUCUAGUAAUGAUGAGAAAUCGUACUUGUAUGACAAAUCCUAACCCACUCCUGUGGUUUCCCAGUGCAGCUGACUCUUUCCCCAUGGAAUAUGCUGCUACUUUCUAUUCCCUGUCAUGCCUAUAGGCUUAUACUGUACUUGGGGAUUGGUCUUGACAGUUCAACUCGUUUUGCACAGAAAACUGUGAGUUUGAUAUCGAGGUCGUAUCUGGUGUGUCGAGGUGCAGACGCUGCAAACAGCCCUGACUCCACCGGAGAGCGUGAAUCACAGUUCUGGGGAGCGCUGCUGGCACACGAGUGGGAGGAAGCACUGGGAGGAAGCCUCUCUGCCUGGAGCUGUUCCACCACCCCUUCCUGCUCUCUGCUGUGCCUGGCUCCAGCAGCAGUGGUACGAAACGAGAGGAACAGUUCUCCACCCUGUGGGAUCUCUGACCGAGUCCUCCUCCGAGUUCCAGGUCCUGGUCUAAUGAAGUGGAUGGAUAGCAGUAGUCAGAACCAUGCAUACAAAUUAUUGAGCAUUUCUGAAGUAUGAAAAUAAAGCGGGUUUUGUGCAUU